AUGGGUUGUAUCGUUCAAGGGGCAGCCUUGUUAUAUUACGAAAAGACUGGUCGUGGAAAGCGUAUAUCUACAUUAUAUCUACCUGACAGUUAUGACAAAGAUGGAACCCCAUUAUACAAGUAUUCUAGUGGAGCCAUAGAACAGACAACGUAUGAUCCUGAUAAUUACAUAGUAUAUGCUGUAGGGGGAAAUAUUCUGCAUGUUAUUGAUGUUGAAAAUGUCACAUCUCCGAAGAUCCUUCAUCAUAUUGCAAUUGACGAUGUGGAUCUCACAGACAUUGAAUAUUGUGGUGGACACGUUUUCGUUUCCAUGGAUAAUGAUGCGUUUAAAGCCCAGGGGCGUGUUGUUGUAUUUAGCAAUUUCUCAACAUCAGAGCUGAUGGUAGAAAAAUAUAAUAUUACAGUUGGACCAAGUCCAGAUAUGCUCAGCCCUACAAAAGACUGCAAGACAAUAUUAGUAGCUGUGGAAGCUCAGGCCUAUCACGAUAUUGAAACAAUUAUAGACCCUGAGGGUGGAGUUGGGAUCAUCAAAAUUGAAAAUGACAAUGCAACGUAUAAAAUGCUGGAUUUCAAAGAAUUCAACUCAAAAUGGUCCAAAUUAGAAUCUAAGGGAUUGCGUUUUAUACAUAGAGUAAAUAACAACAACUUUUCCAACGAUGUGGAACCAGAAUAUAUAGCAUAUAACAAAGAUUAUUCCAAAGCUUACAUUUGUCUUCAGGAGAAUAAUGCGAUAGCUGUCGUGGACAUUGCAUCAGAAACCAUUGAAGAUAUAUUACCAUUAGGUUACAAGUCAUGGGAAAAACUUAUGAUAGACCCAAGUGACAAAGAUGGUAUAAAUAUGAGAUCCUGGCCAAUAUAUAGCAUGUAUCAGCCUGAUGCAAUCCACGUGAUAUAUGUAGCAGGAAAAGGUUACCUAGUGACAUCUAAUGAAGGUGAUUCGAAAGAUUAUUCAGACUGGGGAGGAUUUAACGAAGAAGAACGUGUUCGAGAUAUCAUCUUAUCAGAAAAUUCUCCAAUUGUAAAAUGGGCUGCAGAUCAAAACUUUUCUUCGACUAUCCAAGACGAUAACAUGUUAGGUCGGUUGAAAAUAACAAAUAUGAAUGGUAGAAAUGAUAAUGGUACUUAUGACGAACUUUAUGCGUUUGGAGGAAGAGGUUUCUCCAUAAGAAAACUAGAAACAAUGGAGCUCGUGUACGAUAGUGGCGACCAGUUUGAAAAGCUUCAGCAACAAUACAUACCUCAAUUAUUUAACAAUAAUUGCCGGAAAAGAUACAAAACUGUCAACCAGACAAUGGAUGCUAGAUCUGAUGACAAGGGUCCUGAGAGUGAAAGUCUAGCAGUUGCUCAUAUUGGUAGUGAACUUUUGAUAUUCGUGGGAAAUGAACGUCCUGGAAGUAUAUUUAUUUAUAAGAUAACCGAUGAUGCUUCUAAACCAGAAUUUCAAAGUAUAUGGAACGGUGUUCAAGAAACAGAUGGGACAUGGGAAGAACUUUAUGACAGAGAGAUGCUAAGUGAAGUAGACCCUGAAGAUAUAAGAUACAUUCCCGCAGAUAAAAGUCCAAAUAAACAACAUAUAUUAGCAGUUGCUGGAUCUGUUAGUGGAACCUUUUCCAUGUUUAGAAUCAAUGGCAUUAAAGAGUCGUAGAAGAUGAAGGGUCGUAGGAGAUUAUUUAGCAGGGAGGAAAAUUACGACACAUCAAUGGAGCAGGAACGUCAAUGUUACUACAAAUUCUAUAACUUUUACAUCGCGUAUUGAUGAUAUGAAGAUGACAUGCAUUUUAUUUUAUUAUGUCAAUUAUAUUCAAGUCUGCGUGAAUGUUUGAUAAAACCAUUCUAUUGUUGUAAGCCACCUGUUUAUAAAGUUUUACAAUUAUUCAGCACUACUAAUGUUAAGACUUGUGCAACUUAGGGAAAUUUCAUUACUUUGAGUUGAUUUUUAUUUCAUUUGUUAUGUGUCUUUAAUUGCUAUUUGGAAUCAUAUUGAUAUGUUCUGUCUGUUUUGUCCUGAUCUUUUAUUUCUGUAAUACGUAUUUACUAACUAUAUCUAUAUUUUGUAAAACAUUUGGUUAAUAAAGAAUUGCAUUUGUAAGCACA